UCACUUUUAUCUUCCCUGAUAAAAAAAACCACUUGAGAAAUAUAUCUGAACACCCUAAGUGCAAAGUUACAAUUGUUCUACCAGACCAAAAUUUGAACGGAAGUGACAGUGAAAUCUGAGUUCUGCUUCUCUUCAUCACGGCGAGUUACACAAACCACCACGACAACUAACACACAAAACCCUAAUCUGAAUUUUGCAGUAAAGAUGGCGAAUGUUUGUGAGACUUGUGGGGACGAAGGUUGGGUAGAAGCACUCAUUUUCUGUGACUCUUGUAAACUUGCCGCUGUGCAUCGCCAUUGUUGUGGUAUAACGCCUGUUCCUAUAGAUGGCUAUGUGACUUGGUUCUGUUCAGACUGUGAUGAGAGUGACUCUGCCUCUGAUUCCGAACAAGUUGGGGUUGAGGAUGUUGAAUCUCUAGAUGUGUCUUCUUCGCCACCAACAAUGGAGGAGACUGAGACCAGAGGAGUCCCUGGUAGCAGCAAAUCUAACGAAUCUGUCUUGGAGAUGAGUGGGAACGAAAAGAAGAAGAAGAGAAGAAAGAUUGUUACUCACUCCCUUCCAGAUGACACCGUUGUUGAGACCAUGGAGGUGUCUAAGAAGCAAGAUGGCUCAGAGAAUGGAGAAUCUGAUGAAUUGGUUGGUUUAGCGAGGAAUGAAGUAUCUGUCUUGGAGAAGAGUGGGAAGAAAAAGAAGAAGAAGAAGAAGAAGAUAGAGAAGGGAGAAGGUAGCAAUCACGUCUCGCCGGUUCUAGAGGCUGAGGGCCAUGGGCUUCAGGGUACUACUAGUGUUGAGCCUAUGAAGGAGUCUAAGAAGCGACAAUGCUCAGAAGGCAGAGAACCUGAGGGAUUGAAUGUUUUAGUAGGAAAUGAAGCAUCCGUUUUGGAGAAGAGUGCUAAAAAGAAGAGGAGCCAAGAGAGCAGCAAUCACACCUCGCCGGUUCUAAAGGCUGUGGACUGUGGGCAUCAGGAUACCGCCAGUGUUGAACCUAUGAAGGAGUCUAAGAAGCGACAAUGCUCAGAAAGUAAGGAAGCCGAGGGAUUGAACGUUUUAGUAGGAAAUGAAGUAUCUGUUUUGGAGAAGAGUGCGAAAAAGAAGAGGAUCCAAGAGAGCAGCAAUCACACCUCGCCGGUUCUAAAGGAUGUGGACUGUGGGCAUCAGGAUACCGCCAGUGUUGAAGCUAUGAAGGUGUCUAAGAAGCACAAAACAUCUGAUGAAUUGAUUGGUGAGAAGAGUGAGAAAAAGAAGAAGAAGAAGAAGACAAAUGAGGAGAGCAGCAAUCACACUGCACCGGUUUUAGCUGCUAAAGACAAUGUAGCCUGUGACACAACAGACAAUGUUGAACCGGCAAAGGCACAAGAAAGCUCAGCUAGCAGGAAACCUCAUGAACCGGCUGGAUUAGAGAAAAAUGAAGCAUCAGUCUCCGAAGAUGGUAACUCAACUAAUGUGCCAGAUGACAACUCUUGCACCACCAGCAAAAAGAGAAGAUUAAGUUCUGGCAACACACAGGUUACUAGUGAAAACAUGGAGUUACCUUCUUGCAAAGAAACUGAAUCAAAUAUGCCUCAGACAAACGAGGUGAUGCUGGCACUGAAUAAUGGUAGAGCGCAACCAAUCUGCACACCGGUGUGGAGAGGGUCAGUAACUGUAAAACAAGGAAACAAUUGUAGCAUUCAUGGACUUGUUGCUCAUGUAUCAAACUUAGCGUGUCCUAAAGUCUAUGAGAAGGCAAGUUCAUUACGCACUCGCCUAUCUGCUGAAAUGCUUCCGAGGUUGGAGAUAUGGCCACCGAGCUUUCUCAAGAACGGACCACCUACAGAUGACAGUAUCGCUCUUUACUUCUUCCCUUCCCAUGAUAGUAACAGUGAAAAUCUUUACUACUCCCUUGUUGAUGAAAUGAAGAAGAAAGAUUUGGGGAUGAGAUGCUUGCUUGACGAUGCGGAACUUCUACUUUUCACCUCGUAUCAGUUACCACUGCCUUGUUGGAAGUUUCACUCAAAGGAGUACCUGUGGGGCGUUUUCAGACGCAGAAAGACCUCUGGACAUUAGUCACUAGGCUCAAACCUUUGACAGUUUCUAAAUAGGAGCAAGUUUUACCACAUAUCUGGUUUUGGUUGUCUAAUUUUUGCUAGUUGGCCAGGUUCUGUAUAAAAUCUACAACGAGAUAGCAUUGUCUGUUAGGUGGAUUCAUGCAACCAAUUAAUCAAAUUAGUGAGAACUGUAUGGAUACAAUUAGUGUGGAAUGAAUAUGAGCAGGUCAAUUACAUCAA